UCCGAAAGAAAUUGACAGCAACAACAACAACAACAUUUAUAAAUAAAUACCCAUCAUCAACUGAUCACUUUCUCUUUGCUGGUUGUCAGGUGAAAACGUUGUCGAUACGCUUUUUUACCAGAGAGAAGAGAAAGAAAAAGAUAAAAACCGUACGUAACGCGACAAUUGCUGCUGUGGGGUUUGGCUUUGUCUCGACUAUACGCGCCACCUGCUGUUGCAUAUGCACUUUUUAACGACUUUUUUCCACCUUAAAAUAUUACACUUCAUCAGGAAGAUGAGCGGCGGCCCGGUACUACGGAAUUCCAAAUGGAAGAAAGGGCACGCGUCUAAAAAUAAGACGCCCAGGGCCAAUCACUUCUUUGCUGUCCAAAUUUCAGAUUGUCAGAUCGUGGAAGCAGUCCACAACGUUCACAGGACCAUAUUGGAGCAGGAACCCGAGUUGAGCAGCGCCCUGGUGUCUCCAUCAACUCUCCACAUCACGUUGGCAGUUGCACACCUGUCCAGCCCAGAGGAUUUGGUCAGGGCCAAUCAGGUUCUGGAGGAAACGGUGAGAGUCUUCUCGACUUCCAGGCUACAAACUCAACAGCUGGACCUCCACUUGGAACAGGUUGGCCACUUUGACAACAAAGUCAUCUACGCCAGUGUGAAAGAAGAAAGUGAAGGCACAGUGCACCUGAUUCAUCUUUCCAAAUCGUUACGUGAACGUUGCCAAACGGCCGGCCUCACGCUAAUAGAUGGGGACAGAUUCACUCCGCACGUAACUCUCCUCAAAUUGUCCAAAGAUCCCAGACUUAAUCGAAAAGGGAUCAAGGCUGUGGCCUCCCAUUUGUACGAAAAACACGUUGAUUGCGUCUUCGGUCGACAGGUGGUUGAGAGCGUUCAGUUGCUGUCGAUGACAGAUCCCAAGGACGAAAAAGGCUACUACGCUCUUAAAGGCGAAUUCCAUUUCGCAGCAGCAGCAGCAGCAGCCGGGAAACUACUUUUAUGUUAAUCAUUUUUGGAAUGUCAAACAUUCGAUCAAGCAGGAACGGCAGCAGCAGCAACAGAUGAGAUAAGAACAGCAGCGAGACUCGAUCAAAGAAGAUGCAGUACUACCAAACUCCCCUGCUGAGAGCUACGACCGUUUCAACGGGAAUGUAGGGGCCGAGUGCAACAGCCCAUAACGCAGUGGUUGGGCUCAUGUUACGACCGUUGCCUUUUUGCCCAUCUUCCCAAUUACCAUUCCGGCUUUCAGCCAGAUAUACUACACACACAGUGUGUGUAUGCAUGCGAGUACAAAUGAGUUCCGCGUGUUUUCUUUAUGGCGCAUUUCCUUUGGCGAAAUGCUGCAUCACAGUGUGCAUCUUCCUUAUGCAUAUUUCUUUCCCCCUGUGUACUUUUGAUGGCUCGUUUCGAAUAACUUUUACCAAAUUUGCCUGCGUUUCUUUUUGUAUGUUUUGACCCGUCGUGUUAUUUUCUUCUUUAAAUAACAAUAUGUUAACCAGGAGACGUACUGGUAAUAAAAUUCUGAUGACACGGUA